UCACUUUGGGAGUCACUCACUCGUCUACAUUUGCUGACAACAUUCUCUCCAGAUUAAAAAUGGUGGUAUUCAAGGCCCGUGGAUUGAUGCCUCCGGUGUUCACACCCCUUAAUGAAGAUCAGUCUGUCAACUAUCCAGCCAUAUUACCUUACGCCAAGUUUUUGGCUGAUAAUGGCAUCAAAUCUGUUUUAGUGGGUGGUACGACCGGGGAAAAUAUGUCUCUCAGCGUAAAUGAGAGGAAGAAGAUCGUGGACGAGUGGGUGCGUGCUGCUAAAACCACGAGGCUGCACGUUAUGGUGCAAGUUGGUGGUGCACCGUUGCCGGACGUGGUUACCUUGGCUUCCUAUUGCCAGUCAGCUGGGGUAGACUCCCUUCUCACUCUCCCUGAGCUUUAUUUCAAGCCGUCUUCAGUGACUGAGUUGGUGAACUACGUAGAGAUCGUAGCCAAGGCUGCACCGAAAUUACCUGUGCUGUACUAUCAUAUUCCUAGUAUGACCAAAGUUGAAAUCAAUAUGCCGUCGUUCGUAGCAGUGGCCACAGAUCGUAUUCCAAAUUUCAAAGGCAUCAAGUUCACAUCCAACGACCUUAGCGAAGGGGCACAAGUAUUCAGAACGCUCAAGGAUGACCAGGAAAUAUUCCUUGGCGCUGAUACGUUAGUUGCUCCAGCAGCACUUCUAGGCAUUAAGUCCAGUAUCGGGACUACGUGGAACAUAUUCCCAAGACUGGCUCAAGAUAUUCUGGAUGCUGUAGAAACGAACGACGUUGCCAAAGCCAGAGUUCUACAGGAGAAACUAAGCUUAGCAGUCGAGGCUCAUACUGUUGAAGGUCCUUGGGUGCCGAUAAUGAAGGCAGGUAUGGAAAUAGUAACUGGUAUCAAAGUGGGCCCCCCGUCUCUCCCCCAGAGGCCACUGACUGAUGAAGCCCGAAAAAGGAUUCAGAAUAAACUGAAGGCAUUGGGACUUUGUAAAUAACUUACUUAUUUGCAUACUUAAAUGAAAAAAGAUCGUAUAUAUUCCAAUACUUUUGUAUAAAUUACGUACUUAAAAUUAUACAAGAAAGAAAAUUUUGAAAUUAAAAAUAAUAUAUUUUGUCAUUAUUUGAUUUUU